AUGGAUCAGGAAACCGCCGCCAGCUCACCACCCACAAUCUGGAGUCGAACAAGGAAUAAUCUUUCUGAGCCCGUAGUGGCUGCAUUCAUGGCCGGUGGUGUAGCGGGCGCUGUCUCUAGGACCAUAGUCUCCCCAUUGGAACGAUUGAAGAUUCUUCUCCAGGUCCAAAGCGUGGGUCGAACUGAGUAUAAAAUGUCAACUUGGAAGGCGUUGGUAAAGAUGGGCCGAGAGGAAGGCUGGCGCGGGUUUAUGCGAGGAAACGGGACGAAUUGCAUUCGCAUCAUUCCAUACUCCGCCGUACAGUUUGGAAGUUACAACUUCUACAAGCAGUUUGCGGAAUCCCCUGAUGGCGAUAUGAGUCCAAUGCGGCGCCUAGUCUGCGGAGGUGCAGCAGGUAUCACCUCAGUGACAAUAACCUAUCCGUUGGAUAUUGUUCGAACUCGGCUGUCGAUCCAAUCAGCCUCAUUCGCCGACCUGGGAGCAAGAGAUCCGACCCAACGGUUACCGGGAAUGUUCACCACGAUGGUCAUGAUAUAUAAGAAAGAGGGUGGGAUCAGAGCCUUGUACCGAGGGAUCGCGCCCACCGUGGCAGGAGUGGCUCCCUACGUGGGACUUAAUUUCAUGACCUACGAAUCAGUGCGCAAGUAUCUGACUCCGGACGGAGACAAGAACCCUAGCUCCUACCGAAAAUUACUGGCUGGUGCCAUCUCGGGAGCAGUAGCUCAAACAUGCACAUAUCCAUUUGAUGUACUGCGUCGCCGCUUCCAGAUCAACACCAUGUCCGGAAUGGGCUACCAAUACAGCUCGAUCUGGGAUGCCGUUAAAGUAAUUGUGGCCGAGGAAGGGAUGCGUGGUCUUUUCAAAGGAAUUGGCCCCAAUCUGCUCAAGGUUGCUCCGAGCAUGGCCAGCAGCUGGUUGAGCUUUGAGAUGACUCGUGAUUUCUUGGUCAGCAUGAGCGAUAGAGAAUAG